AUGGAGUACAUGACGGGGCCGGCAGCCCCCACACAGGGAAACAUCCUGUGCUGCCAGUGCGGUGUGCCGGUCCCGCCCAACCCGGCCAACAUGUGCGUGGGCUGCCUGCGGGCGCAGGUGGACAUCACCGAGGGCAUCCCCAAGCAGGGCACCGUCCACUUCUGCAAGCAGUGCGAAAGGUAUCUUCAGCCUCCAGGAACCUGGAUUCAGUGUGCCUUAGAAUCAAGAGAGCUUCUUGCUUUGUGUCUUAAAAAAAUCAAAGCUUCUCUGAGCAAGGUCCGGCUGAUUGAUGCAGGCUUCAUUUGGACUGAGCCACACUCCAAGAGGCUGAAGCUGAAGCUGACUGUUCAGAAAGAGGUGAUGAACGGAGCAGUCCUCCAGCAGGUCUUUGUGGUGGAGUACAUAGUGCAGUCUCAGAUGUGUGAAGACUGCCACAGGAUUGAAGCUAAGGAUUUCUGGAAAGCUGUGGUGCAAGUCAGGCAGAAGACUCUGCACAAGAAGACUUUCUACUAUUUGGAGCAGCUGAUUUUGAAGCACAGGCUUCACCAGAACACACUUCGUAUCAAAGAAAUCCAUGAUGGCCUGGACUUCUAUUAUUCUUCCAAGCAGCAGGCCCAGAAGAUGGUAGACUUCCUUCAGUGUACAGUUCCAUCUAGAGCGAAGUCCUCGCAGCGGUUGAUCUCCCACGACAUCCACAGCAACAGCUACAACUACAAGAGCACCUUCUCUGUGGAGAUUGUGCCCAUCUGCAAGGACAAUGUCGUGUGCCUGUCGCCCAAGCUGGCCCAGAGCCUUGGCAACAUGAGCCAGAUCUGUGUGUGCAUCAGAGUGACCAGCACCAUCCACCUCAUCGAUCCCAGCACUCUCCAGAUUGCUGAAGUUGAUGGCAACACCUACUGGCGCCAUCCUUUCAACAGCCUCUUCCACCCCAAGCAGCUGGAGGAGUUCAUCAUUGUGGAUAUCAAUAGGGUUCAGGAAAAGAAGAAAGGGGCAGGUGCAGGGGCAAGAUCAAACAAGCACACUCUGGCUGAAGCCUGGGUACAGAAAACCUCAGAGCUGAACACAGAUCAUCAAUACUUCUGCUCUACUCACUUGGGCCACAUUCUGAAUCCUGGUGACCUGGUUUUGGGAUUCGACCUGGCAAACUGCAACUUGAAUGAUGAGUUUGCUAACAAGAUGAACCCACACAGCAUCCCUGAUGUGGUAUUGAUCAAGAAGAGCUACGACCGCACCAAGCGCCAGCGCCGCAGGAACUGGAAGCUGAAGGAGCUGGAAAGGGACAGAGAAGGCAUGGAGUCAGAUGAUGAAAGGCAAUACCAGGACUUCCUUGAAGAUCUGGAAGAAGAUGAAGCCAUCAGGAAGAAUGUCAACAUUUACCGCAAUUCAGACAUUCCAGUGGAGAGUGACACUGAUGAUGAUGGUCCUCCAAGGAUCAGCCUGGCUGAAAUGCUGGAGGAUCUCCACAUCUCCCAGGAUGCCACCGGUGGGGAGGGAGCAAAUAUGAUGACAGAAUAAGAAGAGUGCAGUAAUCAUCCAGGCCAGAAAUAUUCCCUUAAGGAGGUAAA